AUGGCGCCAGACCGGCGUCUUCCAGAACGACACAAUCCUCUUCUGACUGAGGAUGUGCCAGCUCACAGCGAUUUGGUCAGCCGUCGCCGCCUCGGGCAGACUCAGUUGACCGCACGCAUGAUCGCGACAGCCCCUGCGGGAGAAGUCGACACGUCGGCGCUUGGCGCGUUCGAUUACGCGCACCUGCGCGCUCCGCUGCCCAAGGGCAUCGUGUCUGGCAUCUUCAAGUCGUCACCGCCCAGCUACUUCCUCAUGCGGCGCAGUCACGACGGAUUUGUUUCCGCCACCGGCAUGUUUAAGGGCCACUCUCUCCCGUCGACGAGCCAUGAGGAGACGGCCGGAAACGUGUGGAUCCCGCCUGAGGAGGCUUUGGUGCUGGCCGAAGAGUAUAAUAUUCUCCCUUGGAUCCGCGCCCUCCUCGAUCCUACCGACAUCGUGGCCACCGCUGGCGCCGACAGCGGCCCCCCGAAGAAGAUCAGUGCGCCGCCCAAGUUCUUCUCCGGGCAGCCGACGCUCGUCCCGCCUACACCGAGACGCAGCCGUCGCUCCGCCAGCCCGGCCAAGUCCGCCGUCCCGAAACGCGCAGUUGCGAGUCCGCGGAAGCGUCGCACCGCCUCAUCCCAAUCGUCGAUCGUAACCGAUAGCCUACCGGCUAGCGUCGGAGAUUCGGUUUCGCCUACUCUCGUAAAUGAAACACCGUUCCAGUCCCAGGUCUCGGCGACCUCGCUGUUGAAGGUGGCAAAGGUCGGGGACGCCACCGAGUCCGAGCUCAAGAUCGAAUCGAUCGAGAAGGAACCUGCCGUCUUGCUCGAGCCCGUGCAGGAGGAGCCCAAGGUCAAGAUUCAUCUCGACCAAGACGUCUCGGUAGAUGCGGAUGGUGAGGAAGUCAAACACACAAAGGUUGAGGUCGAGGUUCCUCUCCUCGGUGAGCUUCCGUCACCCGAGGAUGCGGCCAAGAUGGUUGCCGAUGCCAAGGCGAUGGUCGAAGCUGCAGUCAAAGCCGACAAUGAGGCCUCUGGUGCGGCAUCGAGCAGCAAGAGCAAGCGGAAAGCCGAUGACAUUGCCCAAGACGAAGAGGGCGAGGAGGGCGAGGAGGGCGAGGAGGGGGCCGUUGAGCCGCCCAGGGCCAAGAAAGUCAAGACGGAUGCAGAAAUCCGCAAGGAGAAGAUCCGGAAACGGGCCUUCUUUGGCCUCACCGCCACGGUUGCCGUGGGAGCACUUGGGUAA